AGAACCCAACCCUGCAAAGCAAAGCAAGCAAGCAAACCCAACCCAACAACCUCCGAGCUGUUCUUCCUUUCUUCCAUCGCAAGAAGAAGCCUACCCUACGCGACCCAAACCCCCACCGGCGGGCGGCGGCGAUGGCCACGGUGGCGAUGGACAUCUCCAAGCCCCCGCCGCAGGCCGGCGACGAGGCUGCUGCGGCGGCCGCGAAGGGGAGGGGCGGAGGGGAGGGGCUGCGGCAGUACUACCUGCAGCACAUCCACGACCUGCAGCUCCAGAUCCGCCAGAAGACGCACAACCUCAACCGCCUCGAGGCCCAGCGCAACGACCUCAAUUCGCGAGUUAGAAUGCUCAGGGAAGAGCUGCAGUUACUUCAAGAACCUGGCUCAUAUGUUGGUGAGGUGGUGAAAGUCAUGGGAAAAUCAAAGGUUCUAGUGAAGGUACAUCCAGAAGGCAAAUAUGUGGUGGAUAUUGACAAAAGCAUUGAUAUUACAAAGAUCACACCUUCAACAAGAGUUGCUCUUCGAAAUGAUAGCUAUAUGCUCCAUUUAAUCCUCCCAAGCAAAGUUGAUCCGUUGGUUAAUCUUAUGAAGGUUGAGAAGGUUCCUGAUUCUACUUAUGAUAUGAUUGGAGGUCUUGAUCAGCAAAUUAAAGAGAUCAAAGAGGUCAUUGAGCUUCCCAUCAAACAUCCAGAGUUAUUUGAGAGUCUUGGAAUUGCCCAACCAAAGGGUGUUCUCCUCUAUGGCCCUCCAGGCACAGGAAAAACAUUGCUGGCACGUGCAGUUGCUCAUCACACUGACUGCACCUUCAUCAGGGUGUCUGGUUCUGAGUUAGUUCAGAAGUACAUUGGUGAGGGUUCUCGAAUGGUUCGUGAACUCUUUGUUAUGGCCAGGGAACACGCACCAUCCAUUAUUUUCAUGGAUGAAAUAGACUCCAUUGGAUCUGCUAGGAUGGAGUCUGGAACUGGCAACGGUGACAGUGAAGUCCAGCGAACCAUGCUUGAGCUUCUUAACCAACUUGAUGGUUUUGAAGCAUCAAACAAAAUAAAGGUUCUGAUGGCAACAAAUAGGAUAGACAUCUUGGAUCAGGCCCUUCUGAGGCCUGGUCGCAUAGACAGGAAAAUUGAAUUUCCUAAUCCUAAUGAGGACUCGCGUUUCGAUAUCUUGAAGAUUCAUUCAAGAAAAAUGAACUUGAUGCGUGGUAUUGAUCUGAAAAAGAUCGCAGAAAAGAUGAAUGGGGCUUCAGGAGCAGAGCUUAAGGCGGUCUGCACAGAAGCUGGUAUGUUUGCCCUCCGUGAGAGAAGGGUGCAUGUAACACAAGAGGACUUCGAGAUGGCGGUGGCGAAGGUGAUGAAGAAAGACACGGAGAAGAACAUGUCGCUACGCAAGCUUUGGAAGUGAAGCUCACGCCUUGAUACCCUAAGCUUUCACUCCGUUGCUGAAGCGGCGGAAGCAUGUAACUGCAUGCCGUGGAUUUCUGCCAUAUGCUUUGCAAUAUGUUGUUCCAUGCUUAACCUUGAGAUUUUAAGAUGCACCUAUGAUAAUAUGAUGUUGAAAAGUUUAAUUUUUUGAAUUGGCUAGAUACACGAUAUGACAUUGCCUUCUUGCAAUGUACCCUACGUUGCCUACUUUGAUCAUUUGCUUGCCUGU